AUGACGACAACGACAACAACAAAAAAAGAUGACAUCAAAUUUAUUUUAUCUAAAUUAGAUCGAGCUUAUGAUGCCUUAUUUAAAGGAAUGAUCUUAGAUCCCGAUAUCACACGAUCAAAAAUUAAUUUACCUUGCAAGUUAUGGGAUCAUGAAUAUAAAUUAUCAAUUGAAAAGAAUAAUCAUUAUGAUGAAAAUGAUGAAAGAAUAAUUCUUGAUGAAGAUAAUAUAUUAUCUAAAUCGUCGUCGCCGCAACUAGAAAUCUAUGAAGAUAUUUGUAAAGAAGUCGCAUCAUGUUGGGUUUGGGUUAAGAUGGUUACUGAAGUUUUUAAUGAAAAAUUAUAUUUCGAUCCAAAAAGUAAAAAAUUCCUGAAAAGAAUUGGUGACGGAAAAUCAUUAUUAGAAAUAAUGGAAGAAUGUCGAAAUUUCGUGAUGAAAGAAGAUAUCUUUAAUCGACUCACAUCAAUGAUUUCGGUUGAAUAUCAAGAGGCUUUAAGAAAAUCUUUGAAUCAAUAUUUCGAGUCGGAAGCUUAUAAAUCUAUUGACAUUAAAACGAUUGAUGAGGAAACGUUAUUUGUGAGACAUCGAAAAUCGAAACAUUAUUUAGAAAUAACGAAGAAAUUUCUAUUGGAUAUUAAAGAAAAUCCGGGAUCAUAUCUUUCAGCUUUAAAAGAUUUAGCUUUAAGAUUUCAAUGA